GGCCGGGUGCGGCCGACGGGCCGUGCCGGGGCCCAGCUGCCCUGCCCGGCAUGGGGCCACCCCUGCCCGGCACGGGCCCGGGGGUGGUGCCCGCAGCCCCGCCCGGAGCGCCCCGUGGGAGCCGCAGGAGCCCGGCCAGAGGCAGCAGGAUUGUGACUUUCAUUUACACAGUCAGUAACUGGAAAAAUGCCAGAUUCUGAAAGUAAUUUGGUGUCUUCACAUGAAGAUGUUAUAAAUGGUACUUCAGUUCUGAGUAAAACGAAAAUUUCAGAUGGAAAGGGAUCUGUUGAAAAAAGAACAGUGACUCAGAUUCAGAAGAAUGGCUAUCCCGACUCCAUAUACAUAAAUGCAGCUAAGAUUUUUCAAGGCAUUCGUAAUGAAAAGAGUAAGAAUAGAAACCUGGUGCAGUAUGGUGAUAACCCAGAAUCUCCCAUGAUGGCUUUUAAAGAUGAGCAUUCCAGGCGUGUAUCUUAUGAGCUGGCUUUCAAUGCUCUGAAAUAUCAAGAACUUCUUGAAGAAGUACUGUUAGAUAGUAAGGCUUACCCAUGUUACUCAAUACCAGAUGAGUUAACCAGCUUGCUUGUUGUGAUGCUUUGUGACCUACAAGACCGCAAGUUUCAAAAACCAAAGAUUUUUGCUGAAGAGGAACUUGUAGCAGAAGUUCAGGAGAUAGGGCAUUAUUUAUACAGUUACAAGACCAAACUGGCAGCUGCACUGGCACGAUGUCGCAUCAAAUAUGAUGCUCUUUCCAUUGAGUACUUUGUACCAGAAACCGUGUCGAAGCAGGAAAAAAGGGCUUCUGCUUUACCUAUCUGUUUUUGGAUAAACACACUUAAAAUCAGCCUUGAAGAUGUUAUCAGAGAUUUGGAGAUGAAGGGAUUCACAAAGGUUGAAUCCGUGUCAGACUUUGACCAUUAUACGUAUGCUGUGGACCAACAUUGCCACGAUGUAUUGGUUUUUCCUUCCUCUCUUAAAGAAGAACUGCUUAAUUUAGAUCGUUUUGCAGAUUGCAAACUCUUACUGCAGGAUAAGUCUCGCAGCCUUGCUGUGCACUCUGCACAGGCACUGUUGAGUGAAGGUGGUGACAUCGUAGUGGCUCACAUAGGUUCCCAUCUGACCGUUGCCCAUUUGUCAGUGCUGACAAAUCCCAGCCUGCCCACAAUUUUUGUUUGUGGUGUGAAAUCUUCAGCAAAAGAAGAAGAACUGAGGAACAAGUUCAGUCAUAUGGGAUGUGAAAAUAUUCAGUUGUUACAUGAAGACUUUACUGAGCUUGAACCAACAGACCCAAGAGUUGAAAAGGCAACAGUUAUUUUGCUGCUAGCACAAUGCUCUGGACUGGGUGCUGGCAACCCCAUGGAGCUUAUUUUAAGUGAAGACAGAGAUGCAGGAUUGUUACAAGACCUUUUCCAGGGAUUUGUGUCUGAGGAUAAACUCAGUAUUCUUGCUGAGAGGCAGCUUAAUGAGUUGAUUCAUGCACUGAAAUUUAAGAAAGUACAAGCUAUUGUUUACUGCACUUGUUCAAUUUACCCAGAAGAAAAUGAACUUGUAGUGAAAAAAGCACUGGAAUCUGGAGUGGAGGGAAAAAAAGCACGACCAUAUAGGCUUGUUCCUUCUGUUUUUUCUACUUGCUCCAAUUCAGAGUCUUCCACUGAAACGUUUUUCAAAAUGGAGCCAUCAGAAAUUUCCAGUGGUUGUUUCCUAGCUGUUCUAGAGAGAGAGAAAGAUACGUCUAAAAACGCUAAAGACAUUUUGGCCUCUGCUGCAGCAAAAAGACUACUAGAAGGCAUUUUUGAAGAAAAACCAAAAGAAGAGGUGAAAAAGCAGAAAGUAAAACGAUGUAAACAUAAGGUUACUGCUAGUGAUAGUAAGCCAAAAGCUGCAAAGCUCCUUCGCCACCAAACUGGAGCUAAUGUUAAGGCUGAAGCUCCCGUGUCUAAAGCAGCCAGUAAGAUACAAGAAAACCAUGUGCACCAAAAAAAAGCAGCCACUAACACAGCACAGAAGACUGGGCACAAAAAAAAAGCAGCCACUAACACAGCACAAAAGAAUGUGAACCAGAAAAAAGCAGCCAGUAACACAGCACAGAAGACUGGGCACCAAAAGAAAGCAGCCAGUAACACAGCACAGAAGACUGGGCACCAAAAGAAAGCAGCCAGGAACACAGAGCAAAAGAACGUGCCCUGAACAGACAGCUGUGUUGAGCUGAAGAAAUCUGUGAAUCACACACAGCCCCACUGAAAGUGCUGAAGCCCACAUCUCAUCUGUCACCUCUGGGCAAGGUGUAUGAGAGACAGACACCUGCUCAAAAUGCACGUGCAGAACAGAGCAGGGUUGUACUGAAGCCCCCAACAAUCACUUUCCCUCCACUGAUAACUCCAUAUGAAAGGUUGUAAUGAAAUAAACUGUCGUGGUGGGGGGGGGGGGGGAGGUGAAUUUUUCCAGGGGGAUGUGGGCAGUCCAAUCAGUGAUCAGCUUUUCUGCUAGCACCUGGAUUGGUCACUCGGAGGUUUGGACACGCCUCUGAGGACACAAAGAGUUAAAAGCAGGAGUCUGGGGGGUUCGGCCUUUUUUCAGAUCCCGGUUUCAGCAGAGAGACGUCUCCAGCCUCCUUCCCCUGCCCGGCCACGAGGCUGGGUGGGGGAGGGGAAAACACGUGGUCGGCUCAGGUAAGCCAGAGCCCCGGCGGGGAGAAGAGAAGGGACAGGACUGGAACUGAGCUGCCCCGUCCAGGAUGGAGGGGUGGAAAACUGUGGAAGUGCCUUCUGUGUGUGCUCACCCCCCUCCUCCCCCCCAAACUCCGGGAGAAGGUGCCCAGCCACGUGGGGGUUUGCGGAGCCUGGGAGUGCCUCCGCCUGCAGCACCCUGCUGAGAAGAAACUGUUAACCCUUGCUUGGUAGAAAGAAACUUUUCUUAGACAUUGAUUCUCAUGACUGGUGGUUUUCGGAGAGGGAAGCGGCCUGGGACCGAGAUGAUAAAGCAUGAUUGGAAGGAACUCGAUGGAAGAAUGAGAGGAGUAGCCUUUUGAGCCGGACUUCUUUUGCAUAAUGUCAGCCAUGGACUGAACUUGAGUCUCUUUUGAACAUAAACUGCAUUUUUGGGUGGAUACAGCUGCCCUUGCUUUUGCUACAGUGACUGGCACUUGAAGUGAGUAGCGAGCAGAGAAGAGAGGGAGAGGGUGAGGUGGCACCCUCUGCCCUCAGGGCAGACCUGCUCCUGGAACCCUGGCCCCUGGGUAAAAAGGGGAGAGCUUGGCAUGCAAGUAUCCUUAAAAGAGCCCUGUAUGCAGUUUUCAGCCUGUGGACAGCGGUGAGAGCGCUGGACAUAGGAAAAAGAGAGUGUCACCCUGGCAGAUCUCUCUGGGCGGUGCCACGGGUGACAUGGGAACACAUAAGGGGUGGACCCGUGUUUUCUGAGGAACAGUCUGUGGUGCGAGAGAGACUCCUCUCUUCCUUGCUGAAUUGAAGAUUAGUUUGUUUUUGAGUGGUGAUUGAUCUAAAACCCAAGGGUUGGUCUGUGAAGAGUGAUGGGUGGGGAGGUAGAAACUGGGAGAAGAAAUGUUCUAAGAAGUUUUUAUUUCUGUCUCUGUGUGUGUUUAAGAGUAUCUCUGUCCCUGUUCUUAUGUAAUUUAUAAAGUUUUGGUGGGUUUUUUUUUGUUUUCAAGAUUUAAGCCUGCUCUGCUCUGUUCCUGAUCACAUCCCACAGGAGUUGUUAGAGAAAAAACAUAUAUUCAUGGGUGCACUAACAUCUGGCCAGUGCUAACCCAUGACAUAAACCCAGGGUAUCAAAUGUACAUUACCUUCAUGGCCAGAUUGGAGCACAGGGUCCAAGUGGUUGGAUAUUUCCAUCUACCUGGUCAAAACUGGUCACCUUGGCUGUAUGACCCUGCAGACUCUGCCCUCCCUUUGUAAAGAAGGUAAAGAUUCCUGUAUAUUAAUCAAUACUAUUAUAUUACAGUAUAUCUUUAUGCAAGGAUAAUCUAGCUUUGGGAAAGAUAUAUUAUGGGCUAUUUAUGUAGAAAUAUCCAUGUUAGAUAGUAACUUUUAAUCCACUAAUCACACUUUAAAGUGAAUUGAGCUCAGCUGCCUAAGGCUGAUAGACUGUUGGGGAAGUGAAGUCAAAAAAGUAUUGCCUCUUGCUAUACACUUUAGAGUGUCAAAUCAUACACCCAGCCCCCCACUGUGACCUAAACCUGUACAAGUAAUCAGUUUCAAUUUGAUGUCUUCAAAGUGAGAAUGAAAUUUUUAAAGUGGCUUUUCUUUAGAAGUGCAAGAUGCCAUUUUUGUGAGUUUCCACUUAAGACUGAUGCAUAGAAAAUAAGCCUUGCACAGUAAGCCUGUUAGCUCACUUUUUAUUUCUAAAACUAGAUGUGAACUUCUGUACAGGAAACUGGCCAAGUACAUUAAAGUGCAUGCAUAAGCUUUCUAGUAUGUGCUCUCUUGGUUUCUACUUAAGUGUGCAUUGAAAUACUAACAGUGAAAAACAGAUCAAAUAUUCUCAUGAUAAAACCAUUAAAUUUUCAUCAUAAUGUCACAUCAGACUAUGUCAUGGUUCCUAACUGCUUUUUAUCAAUUUCUUAACAUGAACAGUUCUUGGUUGAAAAGAGCUGCUACUGUCAAAGUAACAUUCUUAUAAAUGUUACUGCUAGUCAGCUGAAUAAUGACUGGACAAAGUAGCUGCCUGUCUUUGGAACAGCCAUGGGAUUCUAGGAUGCUCCCUUUUGCUAGCAAAGAUAAAAUAACUAAAAUAUCCCUAUUUGUCUUGUAAUCUGAGUAGAGGACAAAGGGAGGCACAGAGAUAAUUUUAACAAUAAAUCUGAUUUGUAUUUAGAACUUGUAAAAAUGAAAUAGAGACAGCACAGCAAUACAGAAAGGCAAAGAUAGUGUGGCCCAGAAAUUUUCCUCUAGGCAACCAUUUCAGAUACUUGGCAAGAGUGUUGGCAGGAGCAUCACCAGUAUAGUGUGGAACUGAACCAGUUUGACAUAGGGGUCUGGAUUUGGACCCAUGCAGAGGAAAUGUUAUCUCUGUUUUGUUUUCACUCAUACCAGUCAGUGUCACUGGAUCAGCAGUACCUUUUUAAGAAAGGAUGUGAAUGAUAUUACACCGGCAGUGUAGACAGAUGGCUCUUGUUCAUCUGAUAAAUAUCCUUGCUUCACUGCAUCAGUGAAAAUUUCUUUUAGCAUUUUAAUUU